CCCCCGAAGCUGGACUUUUGUAGUUCUGUAGCAUAGAUCUUUGUCUUUCAAGCAUACCUCAACGGAUUAGAGCAUUUCGGAACUCCAUUGAUUCUUAAAGACAGCAGAAUCUCUCGUUAUAGACCAUCUAGUCACCUCAGAAACAGAGACGUUCGAACAAAAAAUGUCGGGAGAAAAGCUCAACGUUGCCGUCGCCGGCCUCGGCCGCAUGGGACUGCGUCACGCCAGACACUUUGCGACGCUGACACCAAAGGCCAACCUCAUCGCCGUCAGCUCACCGGUGCAGGCCGAGCUCGAUGCCGCUGUCGCCGAGUUCGGGCCCCUGAAGACAUAUCUCGACUACGACGAGAUGCUGCGCCAGGAACCGACGCUGCAGGCCGUCAUCGUCGCGAGCGCCACCACGGUGCACGCCGAGCAGGCUAUCAAGGCCAUCGAGAGAGGCCUCCACGUUCUCUGCGAGAAGCCCCUUAGCACGAGCGUCGACAUUUCACAAUCCGUCGUUACAGCCUACGAAAAGUCCCUGAUCAAGAACCCGAGCCAGAAGGUCAUCUGCGGCUUCUCCCGCCGCUUCGACGCCUCGUACCGCGACGCGCACCAGAGGGUCGCGCGCGGCGACAUCGGCGCGCCGUCCGUCUUCCGCUCGCAGACGUGCGACAAGCUCGACCCGUCGGGCUUCUUCGUCGACUACGCCGAGUUCAGCGGCGGCAUCUUCGUCGACUGCUCCAUUCACGACAUCGACCUGGCCCUGUGGUUCUUUGGCGAGGACAGCGUCGUCAAGAGCGUCGCGGCCGUCGGCAUCACGGCGGUGCAGGAGGGCCUGCGGAAGCACAACGACAGGGAUAACGCCGUUGCCGUUGUUGAGUUUUACGGCGGCAAGAUCGCGCAGCUCUUCUGCUCCCGCAUGAUGGCUGCCGGCCAGGAAGACACGACCGAGAUCUUUGGCACGCGCGGCAAGGUCGCCGUCAACACGCAGCCGCAGCUGAACCUCGUCAACCUGUACGAGCCGACAGGCAUCCGGCGCGAGAUCCCGCCGGACUACUACGGCCGCUUCCGCGAGGCCUUCAUCGCCGAGGCCAACGAGUUCACGGCGUGCUGCCUCAACGACACGGAGCCGCCGAUGAAGCUGACGGGCGCCGUGAGCGCCGUCAAGAUCGGCUGCGCGCUGCAGGAGAGCCUGAUCACGGGGAAGAAGAUUGAGUUCGACGAGAGGGGGGAGCGCAUCGAGAGCGCCAGGCUGUGA